GCAAUCGUAAAAUCGGUGCAGACAGAACGGUUUCCUUAUUUUCUGUCGAAGCAUCCACCAACACAAACAUAAGACCCGCGACCUUCCAGGUUGCUACUUGCCGUCAAUUACCCAAAUAUCAAAUUGAAAUCCGUCGAAAUAAAGUGAAAGAAAAAUGCAGAUCCAGGUAAAGUGUAGCUGUGGAGCUGAGAAGUGCCCUGAAUGGGCAAUAAUCGAAUUGCAAGGCGUGGUUGAAGUGCAGCCUUCCUUCCGAGAUUCUCUCCAAAACCUCCAAAUCGGACUGCUUUGCCGCCCUUCCUUCCAGGAGAAUUACACUUUCACGGUUGGCUAUCAUGAAUUAACAGGGUCAAAAGUGGCCCUGAAGAAGCCCAUGUUGGUUCUCAAGAAAAUCAAGCGCAUGAACGUGGACCAAAGUGAUGAGGCUACUUCUUCAUCAAAGGUGGAGCUCGAUGUUGUUGGAGUUAUUCGGCAGAAGAUUUUGUUCAAGACCAGGCCUAAGGCCCUUAUUUCUGGACCACAGCCCGCUGUUAAGGAAAAAGCUAAUGCUGCAGGUGCUGCUGCACAAAAGCAAUCAGUUUGAAAUCCAUAGAUGGCACUUUGGACAAUUAGAGCAGUUUAGAGUUGCAAGAAGUGAAUCUGGUAGUUGGGUUAUUCAGAUGUUUCCAACUUGCUAAAA